AUGGACGCCAGAGAAAUUGAAGCCAAGGCUAAGGCUUUGGGCAAGGCCUCGGGACAGGAAGAGUCGGCGACAGUGAUUCUCGGUUUGCUCAAGGAAUUGCAAACAGGCAUCCGGGCUACGGAGGACUUGCUUCGACGGACCAAGAUCGGAGUCGUUGUCAACCGGUUCAAGCAAAGCAAGUCCCCCGAAGUGGCCCGGCUGGCAAGUGACAUAGUUUCGAAGUGGCGGACAGAAGUCAACAAGCAAAAGCAAGGCGGCGGAGCAACAUCGAGCCGGGCUUCCAAUUCGCCGCGGCCACCACAGAAUGGUACUGGUUCAUCUACACCUGCGAGCGCGACGCCAUCUGAUAAGGCGUCGAAGCUGUCGGUGCCACCAGACAAGCGCACCUGGAAGGCAGAUGGGGUGGAUAUCAACGUUACGUCCAGCAAAGUACGAGACAGCUGCACCGGACUCAUGUACGAUGGGCUGUGUCUGGGGUCGACUGAAUCACCCAAGACGGUGUUGGCAAAGGCAUCUGCCGUGGAAAAGGCAGCACACAGCUACCUUGGACCCGAGACCAAGCCGGAAUACAAAGAGAAGAUGCGCAGUCUUUUCCAGAACCUGAAGAACAAGUCAAACCCCAUGCUUCGCGUGCGUGUGCUGAGUGGAGAAAUCACCCCGGAGAAAUUUGUGCGCAUGACUAGUGACGAGCUGCGAUCUGAGCAACAGCGCGAGGCGGACGAGGCAAUCAAGAAGAAGAACAUGAACGAUGCCAUGGUUGCCCAGGGAGAGCGCAGUAUCAGUACCAGCCUGCAGUGCGGCAAGUGUGGCCAACGCAAGGUGACCUACACCGAAGCCCAGACCCGUGCUGCUGAUGAACCGAUGACCCUGUUCUGUACGUGUGUGGUCUGCGGUAAGUCCUGGCGACAGUGA